UAAUCAUUAAAAUAAUUGCACAAUAUAUGUAAUGUGACUGAAGUACUAACGGAAAAUAGAGAGUGACUGAAACUUUUUACAAUCAUGGCUUCGUGUCCACUACCACCGACCAAGAAAAAUCCUUUAGAUACGCAGGCUAUUAACAAUUUUUGUGAAUAUUUACAAAUCCCGUCUGUGCACCCAAACAUUAAUUACGAUGAUUGUGUCCAAUUCUUGCAAAAACAGGCCAAAACUUUGGACCUCUCCAUCAAGGUACACAACGUAGUACCUAAAAAACCCAUAGUCGUACUAACGUGGAUCGGAACUGAACCGAACCUACCAUCCAUUUUUCUAAAUAGUCAUAUGGAUGUAGUCCCAGUUUACGAAGAUAAAUGGACCCACAAACCUUUCAGUGCCCACAUAGAUGAACAUAACAACAUCUACGCUCGUGGUACGCAGGAUAUGAAGAGUGUGGGUAUUCAGUAUCUGGAAGCUAUUCGAAGAUUGAAGCAACGAGGAGUUGCCCUGAAACGAACAAUUCAUGUAUCUUUUGUUCCCGAUGAAGAAACUGGUGGUAUAGAUGGGAUGAAGAAAUAUGUACACACCACAGAAUUCAAGGAAAUGAACGUGGGAGUAGCUUUGGAUGAAAGUGCGGCCAGUUCAACUGACGCGUUUAAGGUUUAUUAUGCAGAACGCUGUCUGUGGCAAUUUCAUAUUCACUGCCCUGGCAACCCAGGGCAUGGUUCUUUACUUUUGGAAAACACGGCGGGGGAAAAGGUGGCUUACAUUUUAAAGAAAGUCUAUGAAUUUAGGAAUGAACAAGUGCAAAUCCUGAAAGAUAACCCUGACUGGAUCACCGCUGACGUCACGACCAUCAAUUUAACCAAAAUAACGGGAGGCGUCCAAACGAACGUAAUCCCUCCAGAAUUCGUCCUCUCUUUCGACUGUCGCAUCCCUCCAAAAGGGAUUGAUUUUGAAAAAUGGGAAAAAACGAUUAACCAGUGGUGUAAAGAGGCCGGUAAGGGAGUGUGGGUGGAAUUUGACCAUAAAGAGUCACCUAUUCCUCCCACUAAGCUGGACAACUCCAACAUCUACUGGGUUGCUUUCAAAAAAGCGACUGAUAAAAUGGGACUGACACUAAAAAUUGAAAUAUGUGGGGGAGCAACCGACGCUUGCUAUGUUCGAGAUGUUGGAAUACCGGCCAUAGGUUUCUCGCCCAUGAAUAAUACCCCGAUUUUGUUGCAUAGCCACGAUGAAUACUUGAAUGUCGACACGUUUCUAAAAGGGAUUGAGAUUUACUGCGAAAUCUUAACCUCAAUGGGGAACAAAAUCAAGUAAUCUUGUUUAAAUACGGAUUCUACUUUUUGUUUUUGGUAAUUGAUAAUAAGAAUAAAAUAUCGUAAGUAACAAGAA